AGUGGUAGGAGUAAAUCCAUAAGAAACAGCACAAUCUGCAAUAUGGCAGCUUUAACAUCAGCUAAACGUGUUUUGAGAAAAGAAAUCAAGGACAUUCUUAAAAAUAUUAGUCUAGAAGAAAGAAAGAAACAGUCUGCAAACGUGUUUGAAAAGCUAUGCCUGUUGAAGCAAUACCAAGACAGCAAGAGAAUUUCUUUGUAUUUGAGUACUGAAGAUGAAAUCGACACUCUGUCCAUUCUGAAGCACAUAUUUGAUACAGGAAAGGAGGCAUUUGUACCACAAUAUCGUGGAAAAACUAUGGAAAUGGUAAAACUAAGAUCAAUAGAGGAUUACGAGACACUGCCACUAACAAAAUGGAACAUUAAACAACCAAGCACUACCGAAUGUCGUGAAAACGCAUUAGAAACAGAUGGAUUAGAUUUAGUAAUUUUACCAGGUGUUGCUUUCACGAUGAAUGGAAAACGUUUGGGACAUGGAAUGGGUUACUAUGACAAGUACUUAAAAAGAUGUUUUCAAAAAGGGAUAAAGCCAUAUCUAAUUGCAGUAGGAUUCAAGGAACAAAUACAAGAAGACAUUCCCACUAAUGAGGAUGAUGUACCUGUCAAUAUUGUACUUACUGGAUAAGUGACAUAACGAAAAAAUAUGUAAUUUUAUUCUAUGUGUGUGCACGGAUAUUCAUUCUAAAGAAUUUCUAAAAAAUAUGUAAUUUUAUUUUAUGUACGAGGAUGAUGUACCUGUUAAUAUUGUACUUACUGGAUAAGUAACAUAAUGAAAAAAAUAAAUAAUUUUAUUCUA